CCCUUUCUUGAUUCUAACCACACCUACCUAGCAGACGUGUCGCCGAAUGUAACCACAACGAAACUGGAUUUUCAUACUCAAUUCUGAACGCUCACCGCAUGGUCAGUAAUUUAGAACAGUUUUAGUCAAAUGUGUAACUUAUCUAUUCAUAGUUUUUCGGGAAUAAAACGAUAGGUAUUUGAGAUGAGCGAUACGGAAGGAGAAGACGGCGGCGAAAUGUCAAAGACCGAGAAAGAUCAGAGCUGGAUACCCAAAAUUAUCAAGAAACGAGUGUGCACAACUUUCGUAGAGGAUUCUUUCAGUAAUGGCAGGCUGUGUCAGUGUGGGGGUACGCGGGACACCCAUGAGUCAGUGGCUCUGGGGGACUAUUUCAGCACAGCCAUCGUCAGCCACUGGGACAGCUCCCAGCAUUCCUCCGAGUACCCCACCGACGCCUUCGGAGAGCUGGAGUUCGCCGGUGCCAGCAAGAGACACAGCAAAUUCCUGCGUCUCUCGUGGGACACCCCUCCUUCCAUCGUCUACACCCUGAUGACGGUCCACUGGGGGCUACCUCCGCCCAACCUGGUGGUGUCAGUGGUGAGCGGGGAGGGUAGAGCAAAGGUCAAGACGUGGGUACGGGAGGUCCUGAGGCAGGGAUUGGUCAAAGCCUCCCAGAGCACAGGAGCGUGGAUACUGACUGGAGGCCUGCGUGAGGGUGUAGGGAGGUGUGUAGGGGAAGCGGUAAGGGACCAUGCCACCGCUGCCUCAUCUGUCUCCCUGAACAAGGUGGUGGCUCUGGGCAUCGCUCCCUGGGGCCUGGUCCACAACCGCCAGCAGCUGGUCAAUCCGCAGGGUAGCUUCCCUGCUAGGUACUACUUCCAGAACAUGUCCCGUGACUCAUGUUGCCUGGACAACAACUACCAGGCCUUUCUUCUGGUGGAUGAUGGGAGUGUAGGCCGCAGAGGGGGCGAGGCAGGCUUCAGGGCCCGGCUGGAGGACUACAUUUCCCAUCAGCGCACAGGCAUCUGGGGCAGUGGAAGCAUUGACAUCCCCGUCCUGUGCAUGCUGAUAUCAGGAGAGACAACCAUGCUAGAGCGGUUGGAUCUCUCUCUGAGGACCUCCAUGCCCUGGCUGGUGCUGGCGGGGUCGGGUGGUGUGGCCGACCUCGUCAGUGACGUCCUGGAGAGCCUAUCGUCUGCGCCCCCUGUCCUGUCCUCCCCCGAGGGGGAGGGGGAGGCGGGACCUAGUGUGGACCUUAAAGACAGAGUGGCCGAGAUGGUUAGGAAGCACUUUCCAUCCGAAACAGAGAUAGACAAACUGGUAGAACGGGUUCUGAGCAUCUACCUGAACAGGGAUCUGAUCACUGUCUACCACGGAGAGCAGGAGGGACCAGAUGACUUUGACACGGUCUUGCUCAAAGCCUUGGUUAGAGCGAGUAAGCAGCGUGUGUCAAGUGAAGCCAGCCCCUACACUGAGGAGCUGAAGCUGGCGGUUACCUGGAACAGAGUGGACAUCGCCAAGAGUGAGCUCUUCAAUGGAGACAUCCACUGGAGGUACCAGGACUUGGAGGACUCCAUGACGGACGCGUUGAUCAACGACAAGCCACAAUUCGUGCGCCUCUUCACCGAGAACGGACUCAACAUCCUAGACUACCUGACCUAUGGGCGGCUGGAGAGCCUCUACCGCUCGGUGGCCGACAGCUCUCUAGCCUACGUCCUGCUGCAGCGCCGCCUAGGGGAGCGCCAGAGUAUGACAGGCUCGCAGGCCAUGCUGCCGGAUGUCUCUCCCACCAAAGGGUCUGGUGGGCCGCCAGGGGGGCGGCGGCCUGCGAAUAAGUUCAGUUUAUUUGAGGUGUCGAGAGUCCUGGAGGACUUGAUGGGGGAUGUGUGUCAGCCAUUUUACCACUCACCACUGGAACUGGAGAACAUCUCCUCCCAGAGAAAGGCUCUCAGGCGUGUGAGUAAGCUGUUGCGGGGUGACUGUUUGUACCAGGACAGGCGCUGUCUCUUUCCUUGGGCUAGUCUCUUCGUCUGGGCUGUGCUGCAGAACCGCAAAGACAUGGCCGUCUUCUUCUGGGAGAUGGCAGGCGAGUCGGUCCUCAGUGCUCUGAGCGGCUGUAAGAUCCUACGGGAGCUGUCCAAGCUGGAGAGCGAGACGGAGACCAAGCUGGCCAUGAAGGAGCUAGCGCAGAGGUUCGAGAACCUGGCUCACGAUGUAUUCAGUAAGUGUUACCAGAGCAGUGAGAGUCGCUCCUUCACCCUGCUGAUCAGGAAGUCUCCCGUAUGGGGAGGGACCACCUGUCUAAAGAUGGGCGUGGCCGCCGACGCCCGCCUCUUCUUCAGCCACGAUGGAGUACAGUCUCUCCUGUCUCAGAUCUGGUGGGGGGAUAUGAAGAGGAGCACGGAGGUGUGGAAACUCCUCCUCACCUUCUUCUGUCCCGUUCUGAUGUACACCCAGCUCAUCUCCUUCAGGGAAUUGGAGGAGCCGGGGAAGCCUGACGAGGUUGCUCAGGGUAGAGACAAUGACAGCCUUUAUGGAGAAACAAUUUUCUCCUUCUCUGACAUCAAGCACAUUGAACAUCAUACACAGGGUCCUAAUAGUCCCAGAUAUCAUCUAAAAGGCACGCCCGACACCCCACCUAAACGGCCUUUUGUGGUAUCCCGAUGGCGGCAGUUUUGGUUCGCACCUGUCACUUCCUUUUUAGGCAACGUUCUGAUGUACUUCCUGUUCCUUCUGCUGUUUGCCUACGUGCUAUUGGUGGACUUUAAGCCGCCACCCCCGCGAGGCCCCGCUUUCGCCGAGUGUGUGUUGUACUUCUGGGUGUUCACCAUCGUCUGUGAGGAGAUCCGAGAGACGUUCUUAGUGGGCAGCAUGAUGUGGCGUCAGAGGAUGAGGAAGUACAUCCAGGACGUUUGGAACAAGUGUGACCUCACCGCCAUCAUACUCUUCAUCAUAGGCCUCAACUGCAGAAUGUUCCAGUGGUCCUAUGAGUUUGGCCGAGCAGUCCUGUGUGUGGACUACAUGGUCUUCACACUUCAUCUCAUCCACAUCUUCGCCAUUCACAAACAACUGGGGCCAAAGAUCAUCAUCGUCGGCAAGAUGAUGAAGGAUAUCUUCUUCUUCCUCUUCUUCCUUGGUGUGUGGCUUAUGGCAUAUGGGGUGGCCAAUCAAGCACUGCUGUACUCCUAUGACCCUCGCCCCGCCUGGAUCUUCCGGCGCGUGUUCUACAGGCCGUACCUGCACAUAUUUGGACAGGUCCCAGUGGAGGAAAUAGAUGUGAGGAAGGAGUGGGACACGGAGUGCACUGACAAUGUGACGCUGAUCGAGGGAGGCGCGGAGCCCUGCAGGAGCCAUUAUGCUAACUGGCUAGUGAUUGUCUUACUGGUCAUCUACCUACUGGUCACCAACAUCCUGCUCAUCAACCUACUCAUCGCCAUGUUCAGUUACACAUUCUCCAAGGUGCAGGGCCAAAGCGACACCUACUGGAAGUUCCAGCGCUACAACCUGAUUGUGGAGUACCACUCCCGGCCCUCCCUUGCUCCCCCCUUCAUUAUCCUCUCCCACGUUCACCUAUUUAUCAAGAGAUACAUCCGCAAGGUACCCUCGGUCAAGAUCCUCCAUUUUGUAUUGGAGCUGACGGGGAAAGCAGCUAACAGGUUAAUGACAUGGGAGGCCAUUCAGAAGGAAAACUUCCUGACAGCCCAGAGCAAGAUCCAGAGAGGGAGCGACUCGGAGAGGCUCAAACGGAUGUCAGUCAAGGUGGACAGUGUGCUGAAACAGAUGGCUGAGACAAGGGAUCAUGAUCGCAGACUGAGGGCUCUGGAAUCGGAGUUGGAGUAUUGCUCCAGUGCACUCAGCUGGAUAAUGGAAGCACUCUCACAGAGCAACAUGGUCAAACCCACUCGACCACCGCCAACACCUAGAGAGCCAUUCCCUACCCCCUCCUCUUCCAUCUGAUCCUGUCUUUGUUUACAUGCCAAGCCAUUCAGGGUCACUGAAAGGAAAAGUUGAAACGCUGUUUCUUUCCACUUCGGCUGCUUCUUUAUCAACAAGGGACCACUGCUGCCAAUUGUUUUUGUUGCCAUUUUAAAUUGUCUUUAUUCGUUAAGGUUGUGUAUUUCAUUUUUAAAAAGACAACAGUUGGAACCAGGGGAAAGGGCUGUUGAAUAACUUUUUUUUUAUGAGGGCUAUGUUUUUUUAAGGGGUAAUGUGAUAUACUAUGUAUUUGUCAAAUACUUUUUUGCACAAUUUUUUUUUACUUUUUGAAGUUUACAUGUUUUAUAUUGGGUAUUUGUCACUGCAUCUAGACCAGUCCUAGGUUCAUAAUGUACAUUUUGUGUUAGAGGUAUCUGACAUAUUUUAGGACAUACAGUUGAAGUCAAAGUUUACAUACACCUAGCCAAAUACAUUUAAACUCAGUUUUUCACAAUUCUUUACAUUUAAUCCUAGUAAAAAUCCCUGUCUAGGUCAGUUAGGAUCACCACUUUAUUUUAAGAAUGUGAAAUGUCAGAAUAAUAGUAGAGAGAAUUAUUGAUUUAUUUCUGCUUUUAUUUAUUUCAUCACAUUCCCAGUGGGUCAGAAGUUUACAUACACUGAAUUUGUAUUUGGUAGCAUUGCCUUUUAAAUUGUUUAACUUGGGUCAAAAGUUUUGGGUAGCGUUCCACAACCUUCCCACAAUAAGUUGGGUGAAUUUUGGCUCAUUCCUCCUGACAGAGCUGGUGUAACUGAGUCAGGUUUGUAGGCCUCCUUGCUCGCACACGCUUUUUCAGUUCUGCCCACAAAUUUUCUAUAGGAUUGAGGUCAGAGCUUUGUGAUGGCCACUCCAAUACCUUGACUUUGUUGUCCUUAAGCCAUUUUACCACAACUUUGGAAGUAUUGUUUGGGGUCAUUGUCCAUUUGGAAGACCCAUUUGCGACCAGGCUUUAACUUCCUGAUUAAUGUCUUGAGAUUUUGCUUCAAUAUAUCCACAUAAUUUUCCUCCAUGAUGCCAUCUAUUUUGUGAAGUGCACCAGUCCCUCCUGCAGCAAAGCACCCCAACAACAUGAGUCUGCCACCUCCGUGCUUCAUGGUUGGGGUGGUGUUCUUCGGCUUGCAAGCCUCCCCCUUUUCCUCCGAACAUAACAAUGGUCAUUAUGGCCAAAAUGUUAUAUUUUUGUUUCGUCAGGUCAUAGGACAUUUCUCCCAAAAGUAAGAACUUUGUCCCCAUGUGCAGUUGCAAACCGUAGUCUGGAUUUUUAUGGCGGUUUUGGAGCAGCGGCUUCUUCCUUGCUGAGCGGUCUUUCAGGUUAGAGUCAAUAUAGGACUCGUUUUGCUGUGGAUAUAGAUACUUUUGUACCUGUUUCCUCCAGCAUCUUCACAAGGUCCUUUGCUGUUGUUCUGGGAUUGAUUUGCACUUUUCGCACUAAAGUACGUUCAUCUCUAGGAGACAGAGUGCAUCUCCUUCCUGAGCGGUAUGACGGCUGCAUGGUCCCAUGGUGUUUAUACGUGCCUACUAUUGUUUGUACAGAUGAACGUGGUACCUUCAGGUGUUUGGAAAUUGCUCCCAAGGAUGAACCAGACUUGUGGAGGUCUACAAUUUUUUUUUUUUUUUUUGGCUGAUUUCUUUUGAUUUUCCUAUGAUGUCAAGCAAAGAGGCACUGAGUUUGAAGGUAGGCCUUGAAAUACAACCACAGAUACACCUCCAAUUGACUCAAAUGAUGUCAAUUAGCCUAUCAGAAGCUUCUAAAGCGAUGACAUAAUUUUCAGGAAUUUUCCAAGCUGUGUAAAGGCACAGUCAACUUUGUGUACGUAAACUUCUGACCCACUGGAAUUGUGAUACAGUGAAAUAAUCUGUCUGUAAACAAUUGUUGGAAGAAUUACUUGUGUCAUGCACAAAAUAGAUGUCCUAACCAACUUGUUAAAACUAUAGUUUGUUAACAAGAAAUUUGUGGGUUGGUUGAAAAAUGAGUUAUGACUCCAACCUAAUUGUAUGUAAACUUCUGACGACAACCGUAGAUUGCUGUAUUCAUUCUUAAUUAAUUCUGCUUGCAGUCAGGUCCAGUAUUAGUCACGUCUGUAUUACAUUUGUUUCCAACCACUAGAGCUCUGCUACCCGAGCCCGACGGGGCCCAACAUUAUACAUUCGGGUAGGGUCUGUUUUUCUUUAUCAAUAACUAGGGUAUGGCUCGGGUAUCACAAAAUUGAUCACCAUCUUUUUGAAGCUGAGCCAUUUGCUCAUGCUCUGCUACGCAGUAGAGUCAUUUCUGACUGAUAUGAUGACAUGGUGUCAGAAUUGCUUCAACCUCGUCAAAUAUAAAUCAGGAGAGAUUAUUUAACAGAAAAGAAUAAUGUACCUUGAGUUUUGAGCAGAGCAGUCCAAGCGGAGCCAUUGUUAUGGAUAUUCCCCGACUCAGAGCACAGGGAGCGAGUGACAGACAGAAGAGCAGCUAAUGUUUUUACUAACGGGAAGUUAUUUCGGGUUUCAUUUAUAGAGUUUUAAAUGUGGCAGAAGCAAUCGGGUCUUGGUAGGUUAGGGCCUAAAUGUCACAGGCAAGGGUAGGAUUUGGGCUUAAAAUUCCUGCCCGUGCAGUUCUCUGCAAUACAACUCAUGUACAAUGCAUUUGACACAAUGGAUAUUUUUGUGAUACAUCUGAGUUCGUCUGGAUAAAGAAUUUGACACAACCACCACAACGGAAAAACUUUGUUAUAUAACAACAGUUGCAUCAAAAGGGUUGUGUAACCCAAGUGUGUACAGGGCCGUUGUUACACUAUUGGCCAUUCAUGUCAUUUUAGCCAUGUUCUGCAUUGAAAGGAUAGAAGGCUUUUGUAACUUCUCAGCUGAAAUGGGUCAUGUGGAAUGGCGUGAUCAACACAUACUGUAUAACACGUAGUCACAUUUCCUAAGCAUUAAGUUGCCUCGCUGUCUUUCCAUCUUGCAUACCCUGACUCAUAUGUGUGUAUCAUGUUAUGCAGCUUCUGAUCUUGUACUUCAAUUCAAUAAUAGCCAUACUCAGUUGUAGAAUUGUGAUGAUUCUGUAAGGUUGAUCCGUAAGGAAGUACCAUUUAGUAUUAGUAUAACCCAUAUCUGCAGUGAUGUGACCAAAACAUAUAAAUGUGCUACAGGGUUACAGACUGUGCUAUACUAGCCAACUAUACAGGACAUGUAUUUUAACUUGACUCUUUUUGUGAAACCAUCAUUUACAUUUUUUUUUUACUUGAUUUACAGAUUUUCAGAUAUAACAACAAAAAUAACACAACCCAAACCUCUCAUUCUCCCCUCCCUCCCUUCACUCCCUCCGAAGCCUUCUAUAAAAGUAAGUUAAAAAGGAAAGAAAAACAUAAACAAACAGUAUUAGAAACAAAAACAAUGGUUAAAAAAAAGUUUUAUAUAAAAAUUAUUAUCGGAAUAAAUGGCCACUAGAACAGACAUCACUGCUUACCAAACUAUGCAAGUUACACUAAGUAAAAGACAGGCUCUCCACUUAUUGUAUUAAUGGGAGACCAGGUUAAGUUAAACCUUUGUCGGGACCCAUGCACAGUGUACCUAACCUUCUCCAGAGGCAGAGAUGACAUCACCUCCUUAACCCACUGCAUAAAGGAGGGCGGCUUUGCAGACUUCCAGUGAAAGGGGACAAGGUGGCGAGCAAGCAGCGAGGUAGCAUUCUGGUCUAGGGGAUGUACCCCAAAAAUGGCAGUGACUGGGUUGGGGCUAACAGUUGUAUUACACAUAUGUGAGAGUGCCUCAAAAAUGGUGUCCCAGAGGCCACUCAAAGAUUGGCAUGACCAAAACAUGUGUCUCACAGUCACUGAACUCUGGUGGCAUCUCAAACACUUGGCAUCAACAUUUAGGUAUAUUUUUACCAAUCCGUCAUUUGAGUAAUGGAGUCGGUGCAAAAUUAUAAUGUGUGGAUAUGCUCAAUACUUUGUGGCCAUAUAUCAUCGGGUAGCUCGCCACCUAUGUCUUGCUUACCUCCAAUGAAUGACAGCUCUUCCUCUGGCCCUAUGUUUCUGUGUGUGUGCGUAUGUGUGUGUGUGUGUGUGUGUGUGUCCAGGCUGCAUGGUAGGUGUCAGGCUACGAGCUGUUGUAAAGUUAAAAAAAAAAUAAAAAAAAAUAUAAAGUCUAAAUAAAACAUAAUAAAAAGUACAUUUGAAUGACACUAAGUGGCAGUGUUUUUACAACUAAUGCCGGUUUGCCUGAGGCUGAUGCCAUGCAUGUGUUUGUACACAUGCAUAUACACACACUCUCAUUCAAAUAAACACAUACAAUAACACACACAUACAUGUAAUAGUGCCAGACAUGCACACAAACAUAUACAGUUGUGUGCAUGUCUGGCAUUGCCGUUAUGAUUUUAGUUGUCCUUGAUGUCCUUUGUUUUAUAUUAUUAUAUAUUAUUUGUUUUAUCAUAUUAUUAUUUUUUUACUUGCAUUGUUGUUUGCUGUUUUCUUCUGUCUUUUCCUUUUUUCUCUUUAGUUCAUUAUUUUGGUUGUUGGUGCAUUGGGGUGUUCUUGGUGGUGGGGAAUGGAAUUAUUAUAUUUUUUAAAUAUAUACACUGCUCAAAAAAAUAAAGGGAACACUAAAAUAACACAUCCCAGAUCUGAAUGAAUUAAAUAUUGUUCAUGAUUCUAG